AUGGCGAUGACUGAUGGACGCGUCGGCGUGGCGCUCAUUGGAUUGGGACGCGCGGGCCAUUUCCACAUGACCUCCAUCGCUGCCAUCCCCGACCAGGCUCAGCUAAGGUGGGUCGUCGACGUGGACGAGUCUCGGGCCAAGGACAUCGCAAAACAGCAAAGCUGCAGAUGGGCGAGCUCCCUUGCUCCAGCCCUCGCGGACCCGGGCGUGCAUGUCGUGGUCAUAGCAUCGACGACGGACGCCCAUUUCCAUUUCAUCAUGCAGUCGCUGAGCGCCGACAAGUCCGUUUUGACCGAGAAGCCCAUCUCCCGUGAGCUGAAGGAGGUCGAGGAGGCCGUGCAGCUGGCAACCAGCAAGAGCUUGCCGCUGUAG